AUGGCGGAGAAGUUCAACAAAUAUAACGUGCAUGGCAAGAGUCUACACAUCCACGUCGUUCCAAACGAUCAAGUCCACCCCGAACUCUUCCGGAAUUGCGAGCGCGACUUUGUCAAGGUCAACACUCCCCAAAGGAUCCGGCAGAGAGAAAGCCGGUCGAAGACUCUGAUCCAGAAGAUCAAGGCUCUCAAGCGGCAGCUGCAGAAAGCGGCGCUUGCACAACGGCAGUUACUUCGCCGCAUUUCCAAGAAAAGUGCGGACAACAUUCUGUUCAAGUCACAGAAGGAGGAGGGUGAGGCGUUUAUCUCGGACAUUAAGCAGCAAAUCCUCGACCUUAGCAGGCGGCGUUCCAAACUUCGGGUUCCUCCUCCUCCCUCUCCGUCGCACGACCUCACCCCCCCGCAGGUCAAACAUGGCCUCGAGGACGGGCUCGUCACCCUCGGCCGCAUGUUUCGCAUCUACGGCAGGGAGAUCAGAUCGACUUGA